AUGCGGGAGCGCCCCGGGAAUGCGGGCACGGAGCGGGACGGCGGCGGGGGAACGGACAGUUACCUCAGCGACUACAUGGCCCCCUCGUCCUUCCCGGGGGACGCCGAGGCCGCGCUCAAGGUGCCGUCGCCGGCCUCGCUCUACCCCGGCGGCCGCGGCGACUUCGGCGCCGGCGACUCGGAGCCCCCCGACAGCCCGCACUCGGGCAUGGCCGGCGGCUACAUCAACGGCGACGCGGCCGUCAGCGAGGGCUACGCCGUGGACGCCUUCUUCAUCACGGACGGCCGCUCCCGGCGCAAGGCGAGCGGCGGCGCGGCGCGGAGCCUGCCCCGCCACACCUGCGGCGAGUGCGGCAAGAGCUACGCCACCUCGUCCAACCUCAGCCGCCACAAGCAGACCCACCGCAGCCUGGACAGCAAGAUGGCCAAGAAAUGCCCCACCUGCGGCAAGGUGUACGUCUCCAUGCCGGCCAUGGCCAUGCACCUGCUGACGCACGACCUGAAGCACAAGUGCCAGGUGUGCGGGAAGGCGUUCAGCCGGCCCUGGCUGCUGCAGGGCCACAUGCGCUCGCACACCGGGGAGAAGCCGUUCGGCUGCGCCCACUGCGGCAAAGCCUUCGCCGACCGCUCCAACCUGCGCGCCCACAUGCAGACCCACUCGGCCUUCAAGCACUUCAAGUGCAAGCGCUGCAGCAAAACCUUCGCCCUCAAAUCCUAUCUCAACAAGCACUACGAGUCCGCCUGCUUCAAGGGCGCCGCGGCGCCCCUCAGCCCCCUGCACCCCUGA